UAUAUAAAGAGGGCUAGGUGGUCCCCAAAACGGAUCAGAGAUUGUUGGCAUUCCGUCGACCACUGGUCAUCAAAUCCAGCGGCUCUUCUUAAAGACAUAAAGAGAAACAACAUGCAGUUCAAAUCAUUCGCACUGCUGAUUUUUGCAGCAGUUUUGGUGAUGGGCCAAGUCGACCAAUCGCAACGUGACCGACAACGCCAAUUGGCUGCCAGUCGACGAACUAAACUAAUUGAAGAAUCACAGACCAAUAGGGCACCGUCAUCGGUGGCUCCGAGACGUCGCAUCGUCUCCAGGACACGCGUUACUCCCGCACCGGCCUUAAGAGCAUCACCAAGAACGACGACUGAAGCUCCAGUGGCCACUACUGUUCCAGCGACCGAACCGCCUACUGAACCUUCGUUCGCUACCGAACCGACCUUCCCGGCUUUUACCGAUGAGCCGCAAGAGCCCGUUGUCCAGGAAAUCCAAAGGCCUGAAGCUCCUCAAGAAGAAGUGAUCCGAGGCGCUCUUCCAUCGCGUCCGGGCUUCCGUCCAGUCCUUCGACCCGUUGUCGAAGAAAAGAACGUGCAAGAGCCAAUCGUUUUCCAGCCACCUCCGUUCCGUCCAGCUGAGCCGAUUGAAGUCCCUGUUGAAGAGCCACGCGUUGCCGAACCGGUCCAACAGGAAGUCCAGCAAGUCCGCCAGCGUCCCGUUGAACCAGCCCAGCCAAGCCGUCCCCGCCCGUUGUCUGGACCCACUCGCCAACGCGUCCAAGCGACCCCUACGAGACAAGAGCAACAGGUAGACAUUGAAUUGCCCAGCCGCGCACCUGCCCUCAGCAAGCCCGUCCGUCCGCAGUCCACCAGGACGACCGUAGAAGCCGAGGAGAAGCUCAAGAAGUCAGCGGUCGAAACGGUCCGUCGCUACCAGUUCACCUCUCCCGAUGGCUCGUUCACUUUCGGUUAUGAAAACGCCGAUGGCUCGUUCAAAGAGGAGACCCGAGGUUUCGAUUGCGUUGUUCGCGGUAAAUACGGUUACAUCGAAGAAGAUGGAACGCGUCGUGAAUUCACCUACGAGACGGGCAACCCAUGCGAUCCGAAUGCCGUCCAAACUGAAGAAGCUCCCUUUGAAGACGAGCCCGUUGUCCAGGCACCAGUCCGACGACCCGCCAACACACCCCGUCCUACCAUUAGCCGACCCGUUUCUCGCCCCGAGCCAACCCGUGCUCAACCUGAACGUCCCCAACCCGAACGACCCCAACCCGAACGUGUCCAACCCGAACGAGUCCAACCUGUACGACCCCAACCUGAACGUCCAGAAGCCGCUGAACGCCGCCCAUCUUUCCCCACUUUCCAACAAGCCCAGCAGAACCAACAGCAGGCCAGCCCCAUCGAUGAGGAAGAGCGUGAAAUUCAAGCGGUCCUGAACACCCCUACACGCAUCAGCCGGCCAGAGGCCAACCGCGCAGAACCUGCUCCUCAACCUCGUCCUGCUCCUCAACCCCGUCCGGCUCCUCAGCCUCGUCCAGUUCCCCAACAACAAGAAGCCCCAGUUGCACCACCCCGUCGCCCUCAACCCGGAGUCUCCAUUUUUGAUCAAGAAGUCUUGAACUUUGAUGGCAAACCCUCAGAUGUUGUUCUACUCCAACCGGCCGCCCCGCAGCGACAGGAACCCGCUCCCCAACAGGAAGUCAUCCGCGGAGCUCUUCCAUCUCGCCCAGGUUUCCGUCCAGUAUUGACCCCAGUCGCUGCUCGCCCUGCCCCUCCAACCGAGCGUCCAAUCUUCGACGAAGAAGAGGAAGUCUUUGUCCAGCGCAAUGAACAGCCAAGAGAAGAGCGCCCCGAACCUCCCAGGGCUACCGGUCAGCGCAGCUUUGCAACUGAACUCGUUUUCGAUCCCAGGACCAACCAGUUCCAGUCAGCCUCCCAACAGUUCAUUCCGGCCACUCAGGAAGACUUCCGAUUCCGCGAUCAGCUGAUUGCUUUCGUUCCGUCUACUACCCCUCGUCCCGAACAAGUCCGAGAACAGCCCAGGGAACAGCCCCGUGAGCAGCCACGUGAACAACGUCCGCAAUUCCCUCUGUUGAACGAGAACACGCAGGUCUUCCAGUCUCCAUCUUUCCAGGAACAACGCCCAGUUUUCCCACAACUGCAGGCCAACGUUAACGAUCAGGAGCGCAUUCGCCAGGAAGCGGAAGCUCGCCGACAGCAGCUGGAACAGCAGCGUCUGGCCGACGAACGUCAGCGCAUCACGGAAGAGAACGAGCGUCGCCGCCUGCAGCCGGCUGUUGUCUUCUCCCCCGUACCUCAGGGCGGCCCACCUCAGGCUCCUCGCUUGAGAGCCGAGCAGCAAUUUCCCGGUCAGUUCCAGCAGGCCAGGCCGCAGUUCCAGCAACCGCAGGCACCGAGGGUGAUCCCUCAAGAAGCGCGUCCAACUUUCGCUAGCGGCCAGAUCGAUUCUUUCUUGAGCACGCUAUAAAUAAGAACUUUCUCUACCCCCAAAAAAAAAAGAGUUUAUCAUUUUCGAAAAAAAAAAAAAGAAUAUGUUUUUUUUUUUUUUUUUUUGCAAUCCCUAUUCUUUAUAUUUUGAUUAAUUACCAUAUUUUUUGUUUUUUUAAUAUCUUGUCACCACAUUAUUUUUUUUUUUUCCUUGUUGCUUAUUUUCUCUCUCUUGAUCAUUUUUCGUAAGACAAAAUCUUGGCAGUCCGGAAGCCCAUUACGUCACAAAUGGGUUACACUCUAAACCAACUCGGUUUAUGGUAGGGGGGGGGGAAGGGAGAUAUAUAGAACCACCAGUCAAGCGACUCAAGUGAGUUGCCGCAAUGACAUGCUCGCAUUUUUACGAUGCCGGACAGAAAAAACAAACCAAAAAAGGCGAGAAAGAUUUUUGCCCGUCUUUCCAAAAGUUGACUCUCUCUCUCUCCUCUCUCUCUCUCUCUCUGUCUCCUUCGUUUCAUUUUCUUCAAACAACAAAAGAAAUAGCUUUAUAAGAGAAAAUUCACUCGGAUCGUACGGAGAUGAGAAAGCGCAAAAACAAAAAAUUAACUUGAAUUGUUUCUUAAUCGCCCCACCCCUCCACCCAUCUGUUACACACACACGCUCAGUUUUCUCUUAUGAUGAUAAUGACUAACGCGAAACCAUGUAAAUAAUUUGAGAAUACACACAAUACAUAUGAUACAAUAAA